AUGUUAGUCUUACCGUUGGCUUUGCGUCGCCGCGGGCUUCCGCUGUCUAGGCGAUGGUUUACAAAACUGUCUGAUUCGUCCGAACUCCGUCACGGCGCUGCGGAGGAAGGCCUGGCGUCUCCUAGGGACGCCGUAGCCGAGGUGACUCUGAGCCCGCUCCACACGCAGCGUGUAGGUAUGUUCGUGGAGCCGGGAGUCCUUUUCAAGGAACACCACCGAAGGCGCUUCCUGACCUUCAGGCUCUACUUCUUUUCCAUCGUAUCGCUAACUGUCAUCCUGGGGAUGAUCAAGAUAGUCCCCCCGGGCUACGUCGGGCUCAUUGUGAGGCGCGAUGGCAGCAUCGACCAGUUCAACAACGAGGGGCGUAUAGCGCUGUUCUACGUGCCAUUCCUGGAAACCCCCGUCGCACUCCGCACCACGCCGAUACGGAAGAAGAUCAUUGAAAGGUUCACCACCAAGGACGGCAAACAGGUUGAGGCCGUGAUUUUCCUCGACUUGCAAGCGAAGCUGGCUUACGCGAGCCACGUAUACGCAGUCUUCGGCGUGAACUUUUCCAAGGGCUUCGUGGAGAAGGAGCUUCUCUUCGACAUCGAGCAGGUGGUGAAGAAAUUCAACCGGGAGGAGCUGCUGGUGCAGUCCGACGAGGUGGAGCGCCUGUUUGCCAGCAAUGGGCAACGCGUCGCCACCCUCAAAAGCCACGGCGCUACUGAGGAGAUUGUGGAGCGCUUCCAGGAUGCUGGUGCAUUCCACAAGAUUCUCGUUAACAACAUCAACGUGAGCUUCCGUGACCCCAGUCUGGUGCCAGAGCUCUGA